AUGUCUUUCUUUCACUCUCCGUCUCACCCUCUCACUCUCAACAUCUUUCUCUCACUCACAAUAAGUUUCUUUCUAUCUCUCUUUCACUCUCACCCUGUUUCACUCUCUCUCACUCUCACCCCAUUUCUCUCACUCUCACCCCAUUUCUCUCCCUCUCACCCCAUUUCUCUCCCUCUCACUCUCACCCCGUUCCUCUCUCACUCUCACCCCGUUUCUCUCUCUCACUCUCACCCCGUUUCUCUCUCUCUCACACUCUCACCCCGUUUCUCUCUCUCUUUCACACUCUCAUCCCGCUUCUUUCUCUCUUUCAUCCCACUUCUUUCUCUCUUUCACACUCUCAUCCCACUUCUUUCUCUCUUUCACACUCUCAUCCCACUUCUUUCUCUCUCUCCCUCUCUCCCAUCUCUUUCCCUCUCAUCCCACUCUCUCAUCCCUCUCAUCCACUUCUCUCUCUCUCUCCUCCCUCUCAUCCCACUUCUUUCUCUCUCCCCUCCCUCUCAUCCCACUUCUUUCUCUCUCUCCUCCUAUCAUCCCACUUCUCUCUCUCCCCUCCCUAUCCUCCCACUUCUUUCUCUCUCUCCCUCCCUAUCAUCCCUUCUUUCUCUCUCCCCUCCCUAUCAUCCCACUUCUUUCUCUCUCCCCUCAUCCCUUCUUUCUCUCUCUCCCUCCCUAUCAUCCCUCUCUCUCUCCUCCCCUAUCAUCCACUUCUUUCUCUCUCUCCCUCCCUAUCAUCCCACUUCUUUCUCUCUCUCCCUCCCUAUCAUCCCCUUCUUUCUCUCUCCCCUCCCUAUCAUCCCACUUCUUUCUCUCUCCCUCCCUAUCAUCCCCUUUCUCUCUCUCCCUCCCUAUCCCCUUCUUUCUCUCUCUCCCUCCCUAUCAUCCCACUUCUUUCUCUCUCUCCUCCCCUAUCAUCCCACUUCUUUCUCUCUCUCCCCCCUAUCAUCCCACUUCUUUCUCUCUCCCUCCCUAUCAUCCCACUUCUUUCUCUCUCUCUCCUCCCUAUCAUCCCUUCUUUCUCUCUCUCCUCCCUAUCAUCCCACUUCUUUCUCUCUCCCUCCCUAUCAUCCCACUUCUUUCUCUCUCAUCCCUCCCUAUCAUCCCUUCUUCUUUCUCUCUCCCUCCCUAUCAUCCCUUCUUUCUCUCUCCCCUCCCUAUCAUCCCACUUCUUUCUCUCUCCCUCCCUAUCAUCCCAUCCCUCUCUCCCUCCUAUCAUCCCUUCUUUCUCUCUCCCUCCCUAUCAUCCCACUUCUUUCUCUCUCCCCUCCCUAUCAUCCCACUUCUUUCUCUCUCCCCUCCCUAUCAUCCCACUUCUUUCUCUCUCUCCUCCCUAUCAUCCCACUUCUUUCUCUCCCACUUCUUUCCUCUCCCCCUAUCAUCCCACUUCUUUCUCUCUCUCCCUCCCUAUCAUCCCACUUCUUUCUCUCUCUCCCUCCCUAUCCCUCCCCUUUCUUUCUCUCUCUCCUCCCUAUCAUCCCACUUUCUUUCUCUCCCUCCCUAUCAUCCCACUUCUUUUCUCUCCUCCCUAUUAUCCCCACUUCCUCUCUCCUCCCUAUCAUCCCACUUCUUUUGUCUCUCCUCCCUAUCAUCCCAAUUCUUUCUCUCUCUCCUCCCUAUCAUCCCACUUCUUUCUCUCUCUGGCCCUAUCAUCCCUUCUUUCUCUCUCUCCCUCCCUAUCAUCCCACUUCUUUCUCUCUCCCUCCCUAUCAUCCCACUUUCUUUCCUCCCUCCCUAUCAUCCCAAUAUUCUUUCUCUCUCUCCCUCCCUAUCAUCCCACUUCUUUCUCUCUCUCCCUCCCUAUCAUCCCACUUCUUUCUCUCUCUCCCUCCCUAUCAUCCCACUUCUUUCUCUCUCUCCCUCCCUAUCAUCCCACUUCUUUCUCUCUCUCCCUCCCUAUCAUCCCACUUCUUUCUCUCUCUCGCUCACAUGCAUUUUUACUUUCCGCAGAAGUGA